AUGUAUAAGAAAGUCCACGAUAUGGACAAAAGGAAAGGGAGAAAAAAACAGCAGAAGGAUGUAAGAAGUUACGACUUGAAGGAAACGGGAAAGAUCUUCAAAAACAAGAAGAACAAUUUAAAGAAAAGGAGCUUCGGCCUCAAUAAGAACUGGAAAAAGAAAAUUAACCAUACGUACGGAAGAGAGGAAAAAAAAGGAAGCAGAAAACGAUUUAAUAGUAACAACCAUGGAACAGACAAUUAUUCCAAUGCAGGGCGGAGGAACUCCACCCCUCCUAUGAACAAUAAGAAACCUGCAUGUGACUUUGAGAACCUGGUUGACGAUGUUGUGGAAAAUAAAAUAAGCUUAAAAAAAACUGAUGAACAUUUUAUUGUCAACUUGAAGAAGAUAUACAACGUAAACCACGUCUGGUUUUCCCUAAAAAGAAAUCUAGAAUAUAUUGUAUCGAAAUAUGUUCUGAAAAAAAGGAAAAAAAAUUACCAAUACGAUGAUGUAAAUUUCUAUUUGAAGAAGAUGCGGAGGAGGCAGAGAAAAAAGGCAAAGGCCAUAGAAAAUGAAAAUGAGGAAGAAGCUCUUGUUGGUGAGAACGAGCAGAAGUAUCACCAAACAGCAAGGACUCAGCAUAAAUUGCUUCUUCUAAACUCGGAGGAUAUGAUCUUCCAGCUUGAUGAGGAGGCCAAAGAAAUUGUACUAAACAGCAAAAUGUGGAAACGUAAAAUAAAGCAACUAUUAAAAAAGAAAAUAUCCGCCUGUGAGGAAAGGAAAAAUGUUGAUAGUCCUAAUGAGGAUGAUUUUACGAACAGGUACCGAACGAUCGAUUACUACGAUGUGCCAGUCUGUCUGCAGCGUUUGUACGAACUUGGAAAUGAGUACAAGGAUAGCAGCAACUACGGUGUUGGCGCGAAUAAUACCAAUAGUGGCGGAAGCCCUAGCAAUCACCAUCACCAAGGGAGCAAAAUAAAUCUGAAACUGCUGCUAAAGAGGAAGGUAAGCAUGAGCAGCGUGUACAACUUGCUUUACGAUAUUGGCCUAAAUCUAAUGUGCGAAUAUUAUAAGAUUUACGUGGAAAAGUAUUCAGAAGAUGAAGAAAAGAUCCAUCUCGAAAUUAUACACAACAAGAGCAAUAUCUUCAGCGAUCGAAUUAACAACAUGGUUGUGUUGUUUAAGAAAAACCCACUAGUGUACAUCCUGUAUGUAAAAAUUCUUCUAGAUUAUUAUAAAGUGAGGGAAGACAUCUUCAUAAAGAAAUCCAUUUUGGAGUGCUUAAAACAUGUGUUCAUGUUCGUUUUGCCAAGUGAGAGCUUAGAAGCUUUGGAAGAUAAUAACAGAGAGGUUAUGAAUUACAUUUUAAAUGUCCUAUUUAACCGAUUCAACUUUAAAGAAUAUAAUUUCUCUUGCUUCUUUUUCUUCCUAAAUUCGUUACUAUACAUAUACGCCCUUGAAACUUUCACCAAGAAGCUAUUCCUACAGUACAUUUUCAUUUUGAAGAAUGCAAUGUACAGCUCAAUACCGAGUGUCUUCUUUGUUUCAGUAAACAAUUUAAAAGAAUUUUGUUUAAAAAAAACAGAGAAUAAAUUUGCAAAUCUGAACAUCCUUCUCGAGGGCUACUUAUCCAUUAAAAAGGGAAAUCCCCUGCUUCUAAAUAUACUCAAACAUAUAAUAACCAUAGAGAAUAUGCAGCACUAUGUCGUUUUUUACCUCUUCGAACAAGUAUUAUCCAGCUUAAGAUGCUGCGUUGAGGAAAUCGUGCAGUCCUUAAAAAAUGGAGACAAGGAAGAUGUUUUAAAUAAACAGUUGAAGAACGAAAUUGUCAACAUGAACAGGUCAUUGUUCAUUCUAUACAAAAUUAAGAGCAACUCUUUUAAUGACAUCACGGAAAAUAUUAUCUAUUUUGCUACCUACAUUUUUGAGAUGUUUUCGAAGAAUGUUUUCGAACUUUUCGAUAAGAGAAAUGUCCUGCUAAAAGAAUGGAGCAUAGAAAAAAUGAGCUACAUUAAAUAUACCUCUGUGGAAGCGGAAAGUUGCAAAAGUGGGAAAGCGCCAAAGGAUGACUUGAGGUGCGCUUCUGCUGCAAACCUGGGGGAUAACCAACCAGUAUAUGGGAUUUGCCAGGUGCCCCCCCCGGACUUAUGUCGAAUGAGCCAACUAGGAAGAGCUGCAAGAAAUGGUGAAUUAUCCACCAAGGAGGAAGAGUCCAAUUGGAGCAAUGGAAGCACGACGAAGCUUGUGGGCGCGCCUAGCAACAGCCAAUCCAUGCACAGCGAUAAUUCCUCGGCCAUCGGGGCCAGUACCAGACAGACGGACGUGAUUAGCGGGGAGGAAUUCGGGGAAGUCACUGAAGAGCGCCUUACAGGGGGGGACAAACUCGGGAAGGAAGUCCAAAGAGGAGUGCAAAAUGGUGCCCAAAAUGGUACCCAAACGGGAGCCCCCAAUAGGCACUCCCGCGGAAGCAAACCCCUUGAGCCUCAUAAAAAAACGGCGGACGACUGCACCUUCCAAAAAUACUGCCUGUACGGAUACCUGAGCAAAACGAUUCUGAAGGUGCUUUCCAGUAUCCUGGUGAACAACAUCUACUUCAUCAUUUACAACAGGUGCAUUCUGUUGAAGAGUCAGAACAGCACCGGAGGAGGGAGCGAGAAGCCAGCAGAGGAGAAGUACCUCCACAGCUUAAACAUUCUCUCCUUGUUAAAAAUAAUAAAAAGUGUGGAGUCCUACAAAAUAAAAAUUAAUUUCCUCAUCAUCAUGUUCCUCCUUCUGUAUUCAUCAAAUCAAAUAGACGAUAAUAUUUACUGCUAUUUUUACAGCAUCUUAAGAAAUAUGAAUUAUUAUGAAAGUGAUCACACGUACAAUUUCUACGGGCUGCUAACAGUACUAAUACUUACGGACAGAAAUUUAAUCCGAAAUGUUAGCUUUAUAAAACGAAUUUUUCAACAUAGCAUUCAUUCGAAGGAAUCAUGGACCCUUUUAUUUUCCCUCAUGAUGAUACGUUAUUUAGUUUUAAAAAAAAACAUCCUCAUGAAAUUUUUGUUUAAUGAUGAAAAUAGUUUAUAUGAACAGAACUUGGAUAAUGUGAAGAAUGCCUACAUGGUCAAGUUUAACAAAUACCACAAAGAGGGAAAAAAUCCAAUUGUCAAUGAUGAGAUGUUUCUUUACAAUAAGUCAGUAAAUAAUCCUCUGGAUGCCAAUUCUAUACUAACCCAUUUUUAUGAGUUUUAUAAUUUUUCCUCCUUACUGAACGACAAUUUUAAGAAUAUGCUCUUCGAAUUUAGGAACAUAACGAUUUUUAAUUAUAAUUUUAUUCAGAUGAACAAAUCUGGUGUGCACAGAAAUAGCUUCGCGAAUAAUGGGUUCCUGCGUAGUAGACCCCUUCUGGGCGAGCUAAAUCAGAGAAGCGGGCCAAUGUCUAAGGGCGCUAUUGCGAAUGGAAGCGCGCCGAGUGCAGACAAAUCAGACUCGAAUGAGGGCGGUUCAUCUGAAACCCCUCUCCUCGAGGGGAAAAACCCACAAGAGAAGGCUGCUCUUCAAAACGAUGUAGAUAGAAACCGCAAUGACGACGAUGAUGAUGACGAUAUAGUAAUUAACGUCAGGACGAAUCGGCAGUGGAGGAGGAACACACAAAUGAGUGGUGCCACGGACGGUUUAGCCCCUAGCGUGCGCGCUCCGAUCCCCCCCCCACCAAUGAUAAACGAAACGACGAUUAACAAAAAAGCUGGUAAUUGGUCCCAAUUCACAGCGAAGCAGCGCCCUCCAGAACCACCUCCCAGUUUACAUGAUUCGUCCUCUGGCUAUCCACAUAUGUACCACUACGAAACGAAGGACGUCAUUAACAUCCUGGAUAAGCUAUCAGUAGAAUACAAAAGCGCCCAAGAGCAAGUGAACAUGCUCAAUAUUUUUAACAAUUUUAUGCACGACUCUUGCAUCAACGAAAAAAGAGAAAAAAACGAUCAAGUGAAAACGCAAGGAAUGUUUAAAUUAAUGAACAAGCCAUACCAGAAAUAUUUUUACGACAUCCUGAACGUAUAUAAUAACAAUAGUUUUAAAAAAUUUAAGGACAAGUAUCAAAUUAGGAGAAAGAAGCGUGUCGAUGAUGUGAGUGGCGCUCGAGGAACUUCCGAAGAUGACGAUGAUACCACGGGGUCAGUCCUGGAUGAGGAACAGGAGGAAGACGAAUUCUUGGAUGAUUACAUAAAUAAAAAUUUUGACGUAGGCAAAGACCUGGACGAUGAUGUAUUUUUUUUUGACCCGAUGACACAAAAAAAAAAAAGGAAAAAAAGUGAACAAGAUAAUUUUUCCAAGGACAAAAAUUUAAAGAAUAUUUCCAAAAAGAAAAAGGAGCAACAUACUGACGCUCCUACCGAUGACGUGAUGGAAUUUUCAGAUUUCACCAAGCUGAAAAGGAAGAAGAAGGGUGAAUAA